AGUGGGGAAAGCCCGAGAACUUCCCGUCUGCCCGCCCGCGCCUGCCCUGCCGGGCUCCGCCGCGUCCUUCCAGAGAGAUGUCCGAGGCUCCUGCUCAGUGUUGCAUCAAGCAGGAAAGAAUUUCAUACACACCUCCAGCAAGCCCGGUACCAAAUUACACUUCGUCACCACUACAUGUCCCAGUGCCUCAAGCAAUCAGGAUGGAGGAAGACACCAUCAGACUGCCAGCACACCUGCGUGUGACGCCUCUACUCCUCAAAUGUAAUAGCAGCUGGGGAAAAAAAAGGACAAGGAAGCAAUUUUUCCUGAAGUUUAUUUCUUGGCAAGGUUUGCAGCCAGUUUACUGGAGCAGGGAAGAUGUGGCCCAGUGGCUCCGGUGGGCAGAGAAGGAGUUUUCCUUGAGGCCCAUUGAGAGCAACACCUUUGAGAUGAACGGCAAAGCUCUGCUGCUCCUGACCAAAGAGGACUUUCGAUACAGGUCCCCUCAUUCAGGUGAUGUUUUGUAUGAACUCCUUCAGCAUAUCCUGAAGCAAAGGAAAGCUCGUAUGCUCUUCACACCUUUCUUCCACCCUGGGAACUCUAUACAUGCUCAGCCAGAGGUCAUAUUGCACCAGAAUCACGAUGAAGAUAGCUUUGUGCAGAGACCUUCGAGACCAUCCACAGAAGCAAUCCACCACAACCCCCCAACCAUUGAACUGUUGCAUCGCUCACGGUCACCCAUCACCAACAACCACCGUCCGUCGCCAGACCCCGACCAGAGGCCACUGAAGUCCCCUAUGGACAGCACCCUCCGCCACCUGUCCCCGGCCGACAGGGUGCCAGGGACAAGGUACCAGCAUGAGAACAACCAGCAGGAGUCCUACCCUCUCUCAGUGUCCCCAAUAGAAAACAACCACUGCCCGCCUCCUUCCGAGGUGCUCCAGAAGCCCUCCAGCCCUCGGCAGGAGAACACCAGGGUCAUCCAACUGAUGCCCAGCCCUAUCAUGCAUCCUUUGAUACUGAACCCCAGGCACUCCGAUUUCAAACCACCGAGGUUGUCUGAGGAUGGGCUGCACAGGGAGGUCAAGCCCAUCAACCUGUCCCACCGAGAAGAGUUAGCUUAUAUGAACCACAUCAUGGUGUCUGUCUCCCCUCCCGAGGAACACGCAAUGCCAAUUGGCAGGAUAGCAGACUGUAGGUUGCUUUGGGAUUAUGUUUAUCAGCUGCUUUCUGACAGCCGGUACGAAAAUUUCAUCCGAUGGGAAGAUAAGGAAUCCAAAAUAUUUCGGAUAGUGGAUCCCAACGGGCUGGCCCGUCUGUGGGGAAACCACAAGAACAGAACAAAUAUGACUUAUGAGAAAAUGUCCAGAGCCCUACGCCACUACUACAAACUAAAUAUUAUCCGGAAGGAGCCAGGACAAAGGCUUUUGUUCAGGUUCAUGAAGACCCCAGAUGAGAUCAUGAGUGGCCGGACAGACCGCCUCGAGCACCUUGAAUCCCAGGAACUGGAUGAACAAAUAUACCAAGAAGAUGAGUGCUGAAGGAAACAGGUGCACCCCCUCUGUGGGUCCAGGGGAGAAACAUCUGAUGGUCGGCAUGGUUUGAGAGGGGAAGCAGCAAGACAGGAGCAGUACUUGAGGUUGCCACUUAGCUUGAAGACCACGCAGGAUCUGAAGCACCUUAACAAAACAAGCAGGCAGAAGUGGUGCUGGCAGGAAAGCAAAGGGGAAAAAGCCUGGACCUAUGCACUACUUCACUGUUCCUACAAAGUCUCCCUUGAAUUUUUCUUUCUUUUUGGUUUGUUUCAGUUUUGGGGGUUUUUGUAAUUUUUUUUUCCCGAAUAAACAUGCAGUUUGACUUUCCUUAUCUCACAUAGGACAAGACAUCAGAUUAUGCUUCUUCUUUUUUUUUUUUUUGUUUUUGUUUUUGUUUUUGGAAGGCUUUCCUAUGGAAAUAGAGUGCUCUUAUUUUCUGUGCAAGUCUCAUGACACAACACCGCAUAAACAAUAGCAACACAGAAGGGAUUUGCUCAAGGCUUCCAGUUUGCUUGGAUGAAUUUAUACGUGCUGCCACUGGGAAAUGUGUUGAAGCUACCAAAAGAAUUUCUCACACAUACCUGUCAAAUGAAGAGGAGACACCCUUCACGUGUAGGCUGGGCUGUCAUCCCAGCAUAGCUUGGGCUCCCAAAGACUGGCUGUUAACGGCUGGAAUAUGGACCAAAACCAAUCACCUAAGUGCUCCGGAGAGGAGAAAAAUAAAUGUGACAAACCUCUGCAAGUGACUAUCAGUUAACAUUCUCCCUCCUUCUAGCAAAGAAGUGAUAGAAUGGA